AUGUCGACAUAUCUUCUUGCCAUUGCUGUUGGCGAAUUUGAAUAUAUCCAAGGGUAUACCAAGGAGGGAUUCCGAGUGUGGUCACGUCCAGAAGCGAUUAAUAUGACGCAAUUAGCGUGUAAAAUUGGCGUCCAAUGUCUGCACUUUUUCGAGGAAUACUUCGAUAUCAAAUUUCCACUACAAAAACAGGGUAGGGUGCGCUAA